AUGGGACGGUCAUCUACAACGGGCCGACAAGCGUUCCAUGCCGGCUCGCUCGAGGAGAACCAUCUCAUGGAGGCCAACCAGGAGAAUGACCCCAGAAGGGCCCACGUGGAGAUAUUGCAGUCUCAGGACGCACUGAUGGUCUGGCUGCCUCUCAUCGCUGCAAAACCAAUCAUGAAUGGGACCGGCGUGGAGACAUCCGUAGGCAUGGCUCUGCUUGAUGUGUACUGGUCCUGGCUACAUCCACUUCAUUGUUGUGUCUACCGACCCAUUCUCAUGAUGGAUCUGGCCUUGGGUGGUCCCUACUGCUCCGACUUCUUGCUCCUGUCCAUUUUUGCAUUAACAGCUAGGCAUCUGCCUGAACAAAAUGGCAGCUUGCACGACGUUGAAAAGGGAGAACACUACAUCGCUCGGGCCCGCGAGUUGUUGCUGCAGGAGAUGGCAGCGACAAGACCUGCCAUCGCCACAGUUCAAGGCUUGUUAAUCCUUGGUGGCCGGCAAUGUGCCAUGGGGAGAAGCUCUGAAGGCUGGCUGUAUACAGGCAUGGCAAUCCGGAUGAUGAAGGACAUUGGUCUGCACCUGGACAUAACCAAGCUCUAUAGCCUCGAACGGUGGACUCCGGCAGAGGUCGAAACGCGAAAAAGACUCUACAACUAUGCAUACAUCUGGGACAAAACACUGAGGUUGGCGUUAGGUCGCCCCCCGUCUCUGACAAGACGGCCGUAUCCCGCACAUGAGAUAUUGGACAAGGCCGACGACCAACGUAUAUGGAAGCCCCUUCACGCCUUUGAGGUUUCUGCUGAGAGCUUCGUUGAACUACCCGCGUGGACCACGUCGAGCUUCUGCGCCUUCUGA